AGACAGCGGAAGGACUCUAACGAGCUGAGGGGUCACCAAAAGAUCUGAAGAAAUCCACUUGCCCAGACAAUCACCAUCCGUCACGAUAUUGUAGUGCUCUCCGGUCGCCCGACCCCCAUGAGAAAGAAGACCUAUCGACUCUACUCUUCAAAGGAUUUAAUAACUAAACCGUUUUAACCCCCCCGACCCCUAAAAUGAAGGCAUUCAGCAUUGCAGUUGCAGUGACACUCGUGCUCGCCUUUAUUUGCAUUCUGGAGAGCUCUGCCGUCCCAUUCACCGGGGUGCAAGAGCUGGAGGAGGCAGGGAGCAAUGACACUCCAGUUGCGGCAUAUCAAGAAAUGUCAAUGGAAUCGAAGGCGAUGCCGGGUCACAUCAGGCCGAAGCGCCAGAGCCACCUCUCCUUGUGCCGCUGGUGCUGCAACUGCUGCAGGGCCUACAAGGGCUGCGGCUUCUGCUGCAAGUUCUGAGGACUGCCGCAACAACCAUGAAAUAUUAAUUUAUUACGCUUUUUUUCUUUUCUUUCUCUUGUCUUGACCUUUUCUUGACCUCUUUCUCCAAUGUAUUGCCUGUGCUACACUGUACACAUGUACCAUGUUAAAAAUGUGGUAUAUGAUUCAUGGAGGUGGCACUGGGAAAAGAAAAUGUAUUUAUUUUAUAUGUGUUAAUACUUUCCCACAAGAGUCUUUUUGUAAGGGCAAUGAUAUGUCAAUUGGUUUCUAACAAUAAUCCACGUGUGACUGUUUCUUCAUUUAAAUUGAGUCCAACGAGUACAUAGACGGUGUUGAAUAAAUGAUGAACAUGUUAAGCAACUGCUAA